AUGCCGGCGUCACUUGUGAUUAAGCGGCUGACGCCGAACAGCGUCGUUGCAGACCUCCACGGGGGCGCUGGCGAGGGUCCCAUGUACGCACUGCGCGCCGACAUGGACGCACUUCCACUCCAGGAAGAAAGUGGGGAGCCGUUCAGCUCGAAGCGGCCUGGCGUAAUGCAUGCGUGUGGUCACGACGCACACACAGCGAUGCUUCUCGGUGCCGUGAAGGUGCUGUGCCAGGUGAAGGACAGGAUUCGCGGCACUGUGCGGUUCAUCUUCCAGCACGCGGAGGAGGUGAUUCCAAGUGGGGCGAAGCAGCUCGUGGAGCUGGGUGUUCUUGAUGGCGUCAAGAUGAUAUGUCGCAUUAAAAGCCUGCCUUUAAUGUCACUUGGAAAAGGUAAGACGUAG